CUAUAAGGUGUCAGGACGUGGCGGUCUAUUUCUCCAUGGAGGAGUGGGAGUAUGUAGAAGGACACAAGGAUCAGUACAAGGAUCAGGUCAUGAUGGAGGAUCAGCAGCCCCUCACAUCACCAGUCAGAUCCAGUAAGAGAACAGCACCAGAGAGGUGUCCCCGUCCUCUUGAUGAGCAGUAUAAGGAGGACAUUACUACAGGGAAAAAUCUGAUAUAUAUUAAUGCUACAGAUAUAAAGGAAGAAGAAGAGACGGAUGUGAGCGGUGAUGAGCAGUAUAAGGAAGAGAAGGACAUUCCUACUGGAAAAGAUCUGACCUAUAUUAAUGCUGCAGACAUAAAGGAAGAAAAAGAGACGGAUGUGCGAGGUGAUGAACAGUAUAAGGAGGACAAGGACAUUUCUACAGGGAAAGAUCUGAUCUAUAUUAAUGCUACAGACAUAAAGGAAGAAGAAGAGAUGGAUGUGAGCGGUGAUGAGCAGUAUAAGGAGGGCAAGGACAUUCCUACAGGGAAAGAUCUGACCUAUAUAAAUGCUACAGACAUAAAGGAAGAAAAAGAGACAGAUGUGAGCAGUGAUGAGCAGUAUAAGGAGGACAUUCCUACAGGGAAAGAUCUGACCUAUAUUAAUGCUACAGACAUAAAGGAAGAAAAAGAGACAGAUGUGAGCAGUGAUGAGCAGUAUAAAGAGGACAUUCCUACAUGUUACCGCCCAGAUUCUUGUAGCAGGAGAUCAGAGGAGAAUCUUAUAUCUUCAGAUUAUAAAGCAGAUGAUGAUAUCACACAAGAUACAUAUGAAGAACAUUCCAUUAUCCCAGAUACACCCUCAGCCCUUCACAGCCAAGAUCUCUCAUCUCAUCCUUAUAUACAGGUCCUGUCUUCUCAGUCAUCACUGGAUGUUAAGGAAAAAGGUCACAGAAGGGGUGUUGGACAUCAACGAGCUCAUACAGGAAAGAAACCACAUUCAUGCUCAGAAUGUGGGAAAUGUUUUACUAAGAAAUCAAAUCUUGUAGUACAUCAGAGAACUCACACUGGAGAGAAGCCAUUUUCAUGUUCAGAAUGUGAGAAAUGUUUUACUUCUAAAACGCAGCUUGUUCAGCAUCAAAGAACUCACACAGGGGAGAAACUGUUUCCAUGUUCAGAAUGUGGGAAAUGUUUUACUAAGAAAUCACGGCUUAUUGCACAUCAAAUAACUCACACAGGCGAGAAGCCAUUUUUAUGUGCAGAGUGUGGGAAAUAUUUUACUCGGAAACCUGACCUUGUGGUACAUCAAAGAACUCACACAGGAGAGAAACCAUUUUCAUGUUCAGAAUGUGGGAAAUGUUUUGCUCAUAAAUCACAUCUUGUUAAUCAUCAAAGAACUCACACAGGGGAGAAGCCAUUUUCAUGUUCAGAAUGUGGGAAAUGUUUUGCUUAUAAAUCACAUCUUGUUAAUCAUCAAAGAACUCACACAGGGGAGAAGCCAUUUUCAUGUGCAGAAUGUGGGAAAUGUUUUACUCGGAAAUCAGAUCUUGUUAAACAUAAAAGAUAUCACACAGGGGAGAAGCCAUUUUCAUGUGCAGAAUGUGGGGAAUGUUUUAUUGUUAAAUCAGGUCUUGUUGUACAUCAAGAAACUUACACAGGAGAGAAACCAUUUUCAUGUUCACAAUGUGAGAAAUGGGGGGGCGUGGCUUGGCGCCGACUGAGAUGGCUGCUCUUUACGCCGGCUCCCGCUCCUCUGGCCGAGCACUAGCUCUGAACUACAGGUGACUCUGCUUGAAUCAAUGGGGAGGACCUCCCGACGUGCCAGACACCCUUCUCCUUCUGCCCGGCUGUCUUACACCCCGCCCGGUGGCAUUCUUCGGUAACAUAAUACAGAUAUAAUCUCUGUUCUUGACAAGAAUAUUAACCUUACAAACAUAUGUACGAAAGAAGAAGAUCACAUAGCUUAAUAAAUAUAUGAUAAAUCAUUGCGGAAAUUCAGACCUGUUGGAGAACGAGUCUCCAAAUAUAAGAUCCAAAAAGCUUCUCACAAGAAUACUUGUUACUCCGGUCUCCGCCUCUAGGUGGGGGACGCACCCUUUCUAUCCUGGAGAUACUAAGGCUGGAUGUAUCACCUGCAUGGACUUCUACAGAGAGUGCCUUGGAGGGGCCCCCAGUGGGGGACUUGCUCGCCCUCCAUAAAUUAGCUAUCCAGAAUUGGAAGGCAGCCGAGCAGACCUACCCAUUCACCGAUGUUCCUUCUGAUUUACCGCUUUGGCAUAAUCCUCACUUUUCACAUCUGCUGGUUUGUCUGGACUCCCAGUUCUGGACUGAGUGUGGGGUGACCAUGUUGGAGAGUCUAUAUACAGAUAAAGUUUUGCGCUCCUUUCUACAAAUCCAGACUGAUUAUGGUGUCCUGAGGGAGGCCUUUUAUAAAUUGUGACAUGCCAGGGAGGGGCAGUUCUCCAGUCUCUUCAUAUCCACUGAUAGGGGGGUUACCGUCGCAGGGACAGAGGGGUCUGGUUUUGAUUCUGUACACCCACCUCAUCCAGGCCAAAAUUUCUAAAACUCCUCUCCAGGCUGAAAGGCUCUGGAGACCCCAUAUUCCCUCGCUGACGGGUGAGAAUUGGGAGGAAAUGCAAUCUUCCCAUUUGUUGGUAUCUCCAGCUGCUAAUAAUAAACUCAUCCAACUUUAUAUUAUUGACUAUUGUUAUAUUACUCCGCUCUUACUGUAUAGGAUUGGGCGCGCACAUCGCACCUGUUAUUGUUGUUCUGCCCCUAAGGUGGGCUUCUGGCACUUUAUAGGGGACUGCUCUUAAGUGGCGUCCUUUUGGAGGGAGGUCUUUUAUAAAUAGCCAUGGAGGUGCAGUUCCUGGCGGGGAGUUCUCCAGUCUCUUCAUAUCCACUGAUAGGGGUGUUACGGUCGUUGUUUUGCCCCUAAGGCGGGCUUCUGGCACCCUAUAUGGGACUGCUCUUAUGUGGUGUCCUUUUGGAGGGAGGUCUUACUGCUCUUAGAUUCUUUAGUAGCCCCUCUCCCCCAGCUGACCCCCUGAUUUAUUUGGUAUCCUGGAUGAGGAGUUGUGGCCCCAUUAUGUGUGUACUUUUCUUGGAGAAGCCCUGUUCCUGGCUAGGAAAGGGAUAGGAUUACGGUGGAUGGAUCCCAGACCCCCCACCUGUACUCUAUGGAAGAAGCUGGUAAAUUCUAUUAUCCCGUUCUCUAAGGUGGUGUAUAAAAAUAGGAAAUGCUAAAUUUGAGGGUGUGUGGGGCGCCUGGUGUUCCUCCCCCCUGACUCCCCAGAGUCAGUGCGUGGUUUAUCUGAUCCACAUAUGGUGAAUGUUGGUUCCUAGAUAUGUUCCUGUCUUAUGUGAUUGUGCUGACACGAGGCGGUUCGUUCGGCGGCAGCUUUCCCAUUCCCUUUUUAUUACUUGUCUUCUCUUUUAACUUAAUUUCUAAAUAGUGCUUAAUCAGUGCAUGUGUAAGGGGGGGCGGACUACUUUGCUGUUUUCUGGCACCUCAGGGUGCGGCGUGUUCUCUGUUAUUGUUCCUUUUAUCAGCUCGAUCCUGACUGUAUGUGAUGUCUCCCUCACCCUGACUGCUGCCCUUGUAUGUUCCUGUAUUUUUGCCGGUCUUACUAACUUGUAAUGCCGAUGGUCUUUUAUCUUUUAAUAAAUCCAAUUUACCCUAAUUACCAAAUUUUUCCCUGCUGUCACCUUUGCAUUAGAAUUUCGGCCUGGAUGGGCCUUAAGCCAACCUGAAAAGAGAUCCACACACACCAAAAUUUAUUCUGACGAUCUUCUGACAGCCAAAUCAAAUGGCAAUUUCUCUUUACUGAUUCUCUUGGACCUGUCUGCGGCUUUUGACACUGUGGAUCACCAGCUCCUCCUCAGUAGUCUCCGCUCCAUCGGUCUCAAGGACUCUGCUCUCGUCUGGUUUUCCUCCUAUCUCUCUGGCCGCUCCUUUAGCGUCUCGUUUUCUGGCUCUACUUCUUCUCCUCUUCCCCUUGCUUGACAUUUCCAUCUCGGUAUGUGGUACUACCAUAACUCCCGGGCAGCAGGCUUGCUGUCUUGGAGUUAUAUUUGACUCUGAUCUGUCUUUCACUCCCCAUAUUCAGUCUCUUUCACGUUCUUGUCACUUGCAUCUCAAAAACAUUUCCAGAAUCCACCCGUUUCUCACUAUUGAAACUGCUAAAACUCUCAUUAUUGCUUUGAUUCACUCUCGCCUCGACUACUGUAACUCUUUACUAAUAGGCCUUCCUUUCUCCAAACGCUCUCCUCUCCAGUCCAUCCUUAAUGCUGCAGCCAGACUCGUCUUCCUCUCCAGCCGCUACACUGACGCCUCCUCCGUGUGCCAGUGACUACUCUGGUUACCAAUUCAGUCCAGAAUACAGUACAAAAUCCUCAGUCUCACACACAAAGCUCUCCACAAUGCUGCACCUCCCUACAUCUCCUCUCUCAUCUCCGUCUACCAUCCUACAUGUUCUCUCCAAUCUGCUAAUGAUCUCACACUAACCUCUUCUAUAAUCCGAACUUCUCACUCCCGUCUCCAAGACUUCACUCGUGCUGCACCAUUUCUCUAGAAUGCUAUCCCAAUCCCUCAGACACAACAACAACAUCCAUAGUUUCAAAUGUGGCCUAAAAACACAUCUCUUCAGACAGGCCUAUAACAGUCUCUAAUUGGCCUCAACAUAUCCCCAACAUAUCCUCAAUAUAUCCCCAACAUAUCCUCAACAUAUCCCCACACCUCUUGUUUGAAUAGUUAUUGUGUAAUUUUAUGUCUGAUACUUGUCUUUGUUUGUACCCCAUAAUUGUAAGCGCUGCAGAAUCUG